UUAAAAAGGCAUACCUUACAAGUUUAAACAAACAACGAAACAAAAACUCAGCUCUCUUUUUAAAGUUGAGACCCUUUUCCUUUUUCUUAUCCUCUCGUCACUUUCUCUCUUAUCUAAGUUUGCCAAAAACUCAGAACUGGAAAAAGUUUAAAGAGAAGGGGGAGUGGCAGCAGAGUGAGUGAUACACGAUUGGCCUGAAUGAAAAUUCCACUAACAGAAAGUCGAGCUUAGAAUUUUGUGAUUUUGUUGUAUUAUGAUAUAUAAGAGAAAAACAAAUAGUGAUAGAGAAAGAAACAAGCCCUUAUCUUUCAUUUAAUCGAUCGUAAUGAUGGCUAUUCCUCAUGGGAAUUAGCAAAGAACGCAAUUCGUGCCAAGCCUGAUUUGGUUGGAGAGACUCACCAGAAGAAGGGCUCUCUCAAUAAAAUGCCAGCAGAGCUUUCUGCAUCAGCUCUGAUCUUGAUCACAUGGCUUGCAUGCGACCUGUUAUGAUUGGAAUUUAGUUUUCUCUUGCUUAGUUCAACAAAAACAAAAUAGAGCUAGUCAAACAAAUUAACCGACUUCUCUGUUUCUUACUUUAUUUUCUUUUACUUUAAUGUUCAACUCGAUAUGGAAGCCACAGAGAUUUAACAAGGACUCAUUUUUAUAUCUCUGAGGAGGCCUGUUAAACACUUUGAAGUGUUAAUUUUAUUAUUAUUAUUAUUAUUAUUAUUAUUAUUAUUAUUUUCCUUUCUCUUUAUUGUUACUCAAAAGAAGUGAAGGGAAUCUCAAGCUCGUGCUUCUUACAUCUGAUUUUGAGAUUUUGAUAAAGUAUUUGUUAGUUUUUCUUUUUGGAAGAAGAGUUAUGUUGAGGAAUAGAUCUAGAGCAGUGACCAGCAAGCAGCAAGCUUUAAUGGCUGAUCACAGCUCUCAACCUUCUCCAACCCCAAACGACACCAAAAAAGCUCCAUCUUCUUUCUUUGGUUCACCGAAGUUCAGAGCUUUUACUAAAAAAGGUCAAUCUGAAAAAGACAACGGUUUAGUAAGUCCCACUUCAGUCCUCGACACCAAGCACUUCUCUUCUCUUUCAAACCCCUUCUCAUAUUCUAGGAACCAAGCAACAUCCCCCAAGAUUAGUUUCCCGGGAAACAAACGCUCAUGGGAAAAACCAGAGGCAAAAGGUAUCAGCCUUGUUCUAAUUGACCCAAUAUCCAAUGAUCACAAAACACACACCAAAGACAAAUCUUCUUCCAAGUCUUGUAAUAGGAAAGUUGUGUUGGGUACUAAGCUUAGAGUUCAAAUCCCACCUUUACCACCUUGUUCUACACAUUCUUCUACUGACCAGUCUCCAAAAUCUACAGCUGAGUUUGGAAUCAAAACCAGGAAUAAUACACAUAUUGUGUCUUCAUGUACUGGAUCUAUUAACUCGAGUAAUAAUAAUAGCCAAACAAAGGAUGUUAUUAUUUCUCCUAAAGCAAUCCCAGCUGGUGGUUGGAUCUCUGUGAGUGAUGUGGAGAAUUCUGAGGACUACACAUGUGUGAUCUCUCAUGGACCUGUGCCAAGAACAACUCAUAUUUUUGAGAACUGCAUUGUGGAGAGCUUCUAUUCUUUAUCGGAUCACAAGUCUAACUCUUUCCCAGAUAGUAAUUUCCUUGGCUUUUGUCAUACUUGCAAGAAGAACCUUGAGGAGAAGGUUGAUAUUUACAUUUACAGAGGUGAGAAGGCGUUUUGUAGCCGUGAAUGUCGUUACCAAGAAAUGGUGUUGGAUGGAAUUGGAAAUGCAGAAUUUGAUGAUACUUUCAAGAAUUGUUUUUAAGCAAAGAUCUCAAGAGACUUACUAUUCUUAUGGAACUUCCAAUUCUUGAUUACAAUCACUUAAAUCUGUUUUUAGGGAAUAAAAAUUGCUUUUUACCUCAGCAUGGUUUUUGUCUUGAAAAAAGCUGUUUUGGUCUGUUCUGUCCUUUGGCUUUUUAGUUAAAUUACCCUCUCACUUGCAGAUAGGUAUAAAGGGAGGAUGAGAUCUAUUGUAGAGUUGGUUUUUUUUUUUUUUUGUUUGUUCAAAUAAUAAUAUCUAUAAUUGACUGCUUCA